UCAUGGUUGUUCCUUCAUAAGGAAGAAGAUUGUCAAGCUGUGGUACAUUUUGCAGUUGACAUGUACUGCAAUACAUGGUGAAGCUUUUGAAAUGCAAUGAGACACCCUCGGUCGCUUGAUACCCCCACAUCAGUGCCACACGCCAUGAUAUAGCACCUGCACCGAAAUCCACCUUGUCGACACCAUGGCGGGCACUCAGUACCGCCUGGUCCAAUACCUCCUUGUGUUGGUCUUCGGCUACAUAUGCGCAUCGACACUUAGCCCAUUACCCAACGAGCAAAGAGUACUGGAUGGGGGGCGACAAACUGAGGACGAAGCCAACAAUGGCGGGCGAAAUACAACAGCGGAACCGUUCUACAUGAUAGCCCAUCGGGUUCACACGGUUCAAGGAAUACGGGAUUCGUUGAGUCAUGGGGCCAACGCACUGGAAAUGGAUAUGUACGCGUGGAAGGAUGGAUGGUAUGCGGACCACGAUGGGACAUCGAUCACUCGGGGGGAUUCCGCACGCACCAUGUUCGAAGCCAUUGCCUUGGAACGUCAAGCCGGCCGGACCGUCAACUUUGUAUGGUUUGAUAUCAAAACUCCUGACCGGUGUGUCGACUCUCCGUCACGGCGACACUGCGCCGUCGAAGGACUACAAGAUCUUUCGCGCGAGAUUCUUGAGCCUCACGGCGUCAGGGUUCAAUUCGGGUUCUACAAUACGAGAGGCCGGGCUUACAACUCGAUCGCCAAAUCGAUCAAUGCCAAUGAAGCUCUCAAUCUCAACGGCGCUUCUCGAACCGUUCUCGCAGCCUUUGCCGCCUCGUCCGUGUCGUUCACUCAAGGCGUCAUGUCCUAUGGCCACUGGAUCCUCCCGCUGCAAUUUGGAACCUGCGACGAGACCUCUUACUAUACGUGCACGGAGCUACGCCAGGCCAAGGCCUCCAGAGCGUUCGGCAAAGUCUUUGCAUGGACCACGGGCAGCAAGCAUGACUGGUAUGUGGAGAAGCUACUCGGCACCGCGGGCGUUGAUGGCUUGAUCUACGGCUUUCAAUUGACGAGUUAUUACGACCACGCUGAGACGAGGGAUGCGGCGCAACAUGUUCUGGAUUGGAUUAAGAGAAAUCCUCACAGGAGGUAUUUGGCUACCCAGGAUGAUGAACCUUGGUGAUUGAUAUGCCUUUGCACAUCGUGCACACUUUUCCAUCCCAGGAUCUAUGGCAUAUUUCUUCGCUUGAAAGUGUUGGACCAAGAGAGUUCAAAGAUACCAACUCUGGGAAAUCCGACCAUUUGGCGACAACCAAAGAGACCAUCGCUGAUCCACCCAUAACCGGCACCGUCUCUAAUGUUUGUUCACGGAUGCUCCCCGACUGCAUCCAGGCUUGAGGUCGCCAGCUAUUAUAAGUGGCGCCGAUCCAAGAUACUGUGACUGCGGCGAUUUCCAGGCUUCAAAUGGGUCACCGGGGCGACUUGACCUUGGACGUCGACACCAUCACGGUGCCCCAACAAAUCGCUACGGAAGAGGGCUGAGGGACCUCUUUCAUGGUGGUCUGCGCAGACACUCCUCUGCCACCUGGGUUUGCUAAGCAGGCGAGUUUGGAACAGCCGGGCUAGUCUGCGGAUUGGGUAAAAAGAAGACCUUGUCCAAGAAGUUUGCGAAUGUGGAAUUGGCUGGCUGGUGGCACAGCCGCAUUAUAUUUGACCAAAACAUGGCAGACAGUUGGACGCCCCCAUGCCACCGUCGUCUACAGUCGACCACGCCGGCCUCCAAUAUCAUCCUAGAGCUCGAGAAGCCCUCGGCCCCCAUUCAUAGAAGUAUUUCAAAAAACAUGAAGGAGUUCGAUAACGCAACUCAUCGCAAAGUUCAGGUUCACAUAUCAACAAAACCGCUGAACUGUUAAAAAUG